AUGUCGCACGCUCAGUCAGACGAUGUUAUAUGGUCUUUGAUCGGUCAUGGCUUUUGCUCUUUCAAGCUCUCCUCUCCCAGCAUCAAGACGCAUCAGACCUUUUGCAGGAACGCGUACAACUUGACCGGGUGUGAGUGCGCGGAAAAGGUCCGGAACGUUAAUGCUCGCGGCUUGGGAGAACAGCGGGGCUGAUGCAGUUGCUCUUCUAUUCACAUUGGAUGCUCUCAGGGUGCAAUCGACAAUCUUGUCCGCUGGCCAAUGCGCGAUAUGCUACAGUGCGCGACGUCGAAGGUACAGUGUACCUCUACAUCAAGACUCCUGAAAGAGCUCACGCUCCCUCAAAAUUGUGGGAAAGAGUCAAGCUGUCCAACAACAUUGAAAAGGCCAUGAAACAGAUCGACGAAGAGCUGCCCUUUUGGAACAAUUUUGUCAUCCACAAAGCCAAGCAGAGGUGGAUGAAGAUCAAGCAGUACAGGGAUAAGAUGAGGAGCUUGGCAAAGGUUGCUGAUGAGCAGUGAGUCUUCGAGCAAUGCCGCUCUUUCUGCGAGCCCUAUCUGCACGGCCGACAAUUGAAGAGUUGCUUCGACUUUCUUCUUGCCAGACCCAAGCUGGUGGGAAUCAAGAAAAAGACGGAAAGGCGAGAGGCGAACCGAGAGAACAAGGCGAUGCGGGCUGCGAAAUUAGAGAAGUCCAUCGAGGCGGAGCUUUUGAGCAGGUUGAAAUCGGGCUUGUAUGGAGAGGCACCACUGAACGUCAAUGAGGACAUUUGGAGGCGAGUGAUAGAGGAGAAGGCCGAGAAAGAAGGUUUGCAAAUCGAGAGGGAGGAAGAGCUUUUGGAUGAGCAGGACGAAGAGGACGAGUGGGACAUGGAUAGUGAGGAUGAGCUGGAAGAAGAGGAAGACUUUGAUGGGGUUGGGGAUCGGGAAUUUGUGGAGGAUGAAGAUUCGGAUGAUGAGCUGGACGACUUGGAAGAGAUUGACGAGGAGGAGGGUGAAGACGAGGUGAGCAUAAGGAUGAGCGCGUGAGGCUUGCCGAAACGCAUUUCUGAUACGGCGGAGUCUGCCUCACCUUUCUUCGUCAGGAUGCCGAGUCUGGCGCUUCUUCUGAGGAUCUCGAAUCGGACCUCUCAGACUCUGCUUCGGAGUCAGUAGACACCGCAGCCGACCCGAAAGCAGGUCGCAAACGGCCGGCUUCGGACGUACCGCCUAAGAAAACGUUGGACAAGAGAGUGAGAGCUGCCCCUCCUCGUGCAAAACUGCCCAAGAAGCCAGCCCCAAAGAAAGGCAAGAAAGGCUCAGGCGGAGCUCCCAAUCUGGAGGUGGAAUACGAGCAAGAGACCGUCCCGCUUUCGAAAGAGUCCAUCGACAAUUGGUAG